CUGGAGCCCUCCUAUGCACCCUCCCCAACGUCUCUCCUCUUUGUCCACGGAGGCCGCCGCGUAUUACCUUUGAUUUUUGUUUCGCAUAAGAAGAGGCAGCGAGCGCGAUACGAGGGCCACGGUUCAAGCUCUCAAGCGUUCAAGCGUUGUUGUGAGCGGGCGACUGCGUGUUGUGCGUCGACCAUAGCCAUAUCCAGCUACUACCGCCUACACUUUAUCAUGCAUUCACUCUGUGUGGCAUUCAAUCGACAGAUUGAAUGCGCGCCUUUGACCCGACCCAGCCUGCAUGAGCGCACACACCCUAUGGGUUCGGGUGAAGGACCAUUCAAGACAAGGUGUCCCCGACGAGACAGGGAGGGUACCGCGCAGAACGGAUCCAUCUUGAAGACUCGCCUUCCAUUGAAGCCGCAUUGCUGGUUCUAUGCAUUAUUAUUAUGCCUCGCGCAGAGUUACGGGACUUCGCGCGUUGUUUGGCCAAUAUGGAAGGAACCCUCCUCGCCUACUCUCUGCUUGCCACACCCUCACACUCGUUCAGACACUCUAUUUAGAUGGUGCUGCGAUCAGCUCAUUCACGAGAAAUAACCCAUGGACCCUGUUCGUCUUGGAACACUCGAAGCUUCGCAUGGGCU